AGCUCCCUGCAGAAGAAGGAAAGUCCCUCUGGGAGUUGGUGCUGGAGCAGUUUGAAGAUCUCCUCGUCCGCAUCCUUUUGAUGGCAGCUUUUCUGUCAUUUAUCCUGGCCUGGUUUGAAGAAGGAGAGGAGACCACAACAGCGUUUGUGGAGCCCAUUGUCAUUAUUAUGAUCCUGAUAGCCAACGCUGUGGUGGGGGUGUGGCAGGAGAGGAACGCCGAGAGCGCCAUCGAGGCCCUGAAGGAGUAUGAGCCCGAGAUGGGGAAGGUGAUCCGUGCCGACCGCAGCGGCGUGCAGCGCGUCCGCGCCCGCGACAUCGUCCCCGGGGACAUCGUGGAGGUGGCAGUUGGUGACAAGGUGCCAGCAGACAUCCGGAUCAUCGAAAUCAGGUCCACCACCCUGAGGGUCGACCAGUCCAUCCUCACAGGGGAGUCUGUGUCAGUGAUCAAACAUGCUGACCCCAUCCCUGACCCCCGGGCUGUCAACCAGGACAAGAAGAACAUGCUUUUCUCUGGCACCAACAUCGCAGCUGGGAAGGCCGUAGGGGUCGUCAUUGCGACGGGGGUCUACACCGAGAUCGGGAAGAUCCGAAACCAGAUGGUGGAGACCGAGCCCGAGAAGACCCCCUUGCAGCAGAAGCUGGAUGAGUUCAGCCAGCAGCUCUCCAAAGUGAUCUUCUUGGUGUGCAUCGCCGUGUGGGUCAUCAACAUCAGCCACUUCAGCGACCCAGUCCACGGCGGCUCCUGGUUUCGUGGGGCCAUCUACUACUUCAAGAUUUCGGUGGCGCUGGCGGUGGCCGCCAUCCCCGAGGGCCUCCCGGCCGUCAUCACCACCUGCCUGGCGCUGGGGACGCGGCGCAUGGCCAAGAAGAACGCCAUCGUCCGCAGCCUGCCCUCGGUGGAGACCUUGGGCUGCACCUCCGUCAUCUGCUCCGACAAGACCGGGACCCUCACCACCAACCAGAUGUCCGUCUGCCGG